CCCCACUGCGACUUUAUUAGCCUUCCCCAAUUACACGACACCUUCCUUAUUCAACUGUCCUAAACACAACAACACAACACUUUUGUUUUCUCUAUUUCUUUCAGACACAAAACAAAAACUUCAUUUCAUUUCAUUUAUAAGCUCCAACCCUUCACUGAUUCAGACUCAUUCUCUUUCCCUUAACAGAGAGAGUUCACUAACUACUCUCCUCAAUUUCACAAACAAUGGAUAACACUCAUCGCUUCAAUCAAAAUGACAGAACUACCCUCCUCUGUUUUUUCUUCACUUUCCUUUUUUUCUCCGGCGUCCCCCUCGCCGGAGCUCAAACCUCCAACGACAACCCAAACGAUAGCUAUUACAACCGUGUAAGCCCCUCCAUGGCUAUAAUAAUCGUAAUUCUGAUCGCCGCUCUUUUUCUCAUGGGUUUCUUCUCCAUCUACAUCCGUCAAUGCGCCGAUUCACCUUCCAACAGCAUCCGCAACAUCGCCGGAGUUACCGGACGCUCUCGCCGUGGGGCGCGUGGCCUCGACCCCUCGGUAAUCGAGACUUUUCCAACAUUCGAAUAUUCUGUGGUUAAGAUUCACAAAAUUGGUAAAGGUGCACUAGAAUGCGCCGUGUGUUUAAACGAAUUCGAAGAGACCGAAACGCUGCGUUUAAUUCCAAAGUGUGACCACGUGUUUCACCCUGAGUGUAUUGACGAGUGGCUAAGUUCACAUACCACUUGCCCCGUUUGCCGAGCCAACUUGGUUCCGCAACCUGGCGAAUCGGUUCACGGGAUUCCUUUGUUGAAUACAGAACAAGAAGACAUAGAAGCUCAAAACGACGCCGUUGAAACUCUUCCUGAAAAUCAAAACACCGAAACUGCUUUAAAAGAGUCAGCUGAACCGGAAGUGUUGUCAUUAAACCAAACGCUUAACCGGAACCGGACGAGAGGUUCGCGGUCCGGUCGGCCUCGUUGGUUCCCUCGGUCUCACUCGACCGGUCAUUCGUUGGUCCAACCAGGUGAGAACACUGAACGUUUCACUUUGAGGCUACCAAUGAAUGUGAGGAAGCAAAUACUACAAAACCCGGAAUUGCAUCGGGCUAGAAGCUUGGUUGUGCUGCCAAGAGAAACUAGUUCUCGGCGGGGAUAUCGAACCGGUGGUGGGGAGGGAAGUAGUAGAGGGAAAUCUGUGAGGUGGUUGGAUCGGGGUUUUAAAUCAGACCGGUGGGUUUUCACGAUGGCGCCUCCUUUUCUUGUUAGAGCAUCUUCGAUUAGGUCACCGAGGGUAGCUAAUAGCGCUGGUGAAGGUACCUCUAGUUCAACAGCAGCGGCGGCGGCUGUGGACUCACCACGUCCUCCAGUUUAAUCGCCUGUUUUGAUCAUUCCCACUUCACUAUUUAAUGUAUUUAUUUCUUUAAUUUUUUUUAAUCACGAGUUAGGUUUUAGUGUAAAAUAUGUAAAAUGUGUAUAAUGCAGCACAUUAUUUUCUAGUCAUGGUCACUAUUCCCUUAAAAAAAAUUCAUAAUCAUUAUUUAUUUGAUAGUAUUUGUUAAAAGAAAAAAUAGAAUGAGUUUAUUAUUUAUUUUUUUUUUUAAAUAGCGUAGUGAACAUUCAAUCUAAAACAAACAAAAAUUCAUGUGUUAUGCAAUGAAUCUUUGCUUCGCACUUUUAGAGAUGUGGAGAUAGUCAUGAGUCUUUGUCUCACUUUUAAAGAUAGUUUGAACUCUAUGGCGAUUUUAUA